UGAAAGCUGAUAGAGGGCUGCACGGACGGAGGCGGUGGUUCCCUUGAGACCCUCGUGUGACCUGUUCUGCGGCCCUGCUGGGGAGGACUCGAACCCGCUUCGAAAAUAUUAAGAAGACGUGAUUUCCAAGGCCAAUUAUGAAAACCUUUGUCAUUGGAAUUGGCGGCGUGACAAAUGGUGGGAAGACAACUCUGGCUAAGAAUUUGCAGAAACACCUUCCCAAUUGCAGCAUAAUAUCUCAAGAUGACUUCUUUAAGCCAGAGUCUGAGAUAGACAUAGAUGAAAAUGGAUUUUUGCAGUAUGAUGUUCUUGAAGCGCUUAACAUGGAAAAAAUGAUGUCAGCCAUUUCAUGUUGGAUGGAAAACCCAGGGCACUCUGCAGGACCAGCAGCCUUGGAAAGUGCUCAGAGGGUUCCCAUUUUAAUUAUCGAAGGCUUCCUCCUCUUUAAUUAUAAGCCACUGGACACCAUAUGGAACCGAAGUUACUUCCUGACUGUUCCAUAUGAAGAAUGUAAGAGGAGGCGGAGUACAAGGGUAUAUGAGCCUCCUGACCCUCCAGGGUACUUUGAUGGCCACGUGUGGCCCAUGUACCUAAAGCACAGACAAGAAAUGAGUACCAUCACCUGGGAGAUUGUUUAUCUGGAUGGAACAAGAUCUGAAGAGGACCUCCUUUCUCAAGUGUAUGAAGAUGUCAAGCAAGAGUUAGAGAAGCAAAUUGGUGUGUGAGUAACAGCACAAAAAUGGAAUGCAGCAAGUCCUCCUGAGAUGGAUUAAGAAACUUAAGGACAGCAAAACCCUGUCUUGGGAGAAAAAAGGAAAAGAAAGAAACAUGGAGGGAUGCGCUGAAGAACAUUAACCAGGAUGCAGUGUGCCCUGCAGGACAGUGACAGCCCUUCUAUGUCUUUGUUCAUUUUAUCACAUUUUAUCAUUUUUCACAAUAUGGAGAGUAUUGAUUGUAUGCCCAUGCUAUUGGACAGGAAUCUCUCAUGGAUACAAGAUGGUUUGCUCUCACUCUGCAGAAGGCACAGCACAUUCAUGCACCUCUAUAAGAAUGGAGGUGAGAUUUUCCUAGGACCUAGAG